UAGUGAUUACUGAUUAGUCGGCCAGCGAACGCAACGCGAUACGAAAUAUUCUAGAAUAAAAUAAAAUAAAACUGUACUCUGGGUGCGGACAGAGAGUUCCAUCAUGAGUGCAUUAAUGAAAGUAGCACUGUCGCGUAGCCCAGCGUCAUUGGCUACGCAUCUCUACCGAAAUCUACACUUAUCUGUAGGGGGUGCUACACCCCUUAAAGAUGCUUCAUCAAAUUCCAAUGUUACAAAGGCGUAUAAUGUAAUCGAUCACCAACAUGACGCCCUGGUCAUCGGCGCUGGUGGUGCAGGUCUUCGGGCUGCUUUUGGUUUGGUCCAGGAGGGCUUCAAAACAGCUGUAGUCACCAAACUUUUCCCUACAAGAUCACACACAGUUGCUGCUCAGGGUGGAAUAAAUGCUGCUUUAGGCAACAUGGAAGAUGAUACCUGGCUAUACCAUAUGUAUGAUACAGUCAAAGGUUCCGAUUGGCUUGGAGAUCAGGAUGCUAUCCACUACAUGACCAAGGAAGCGCCUCAUGCUGUAAUUGAAUUGGACAACUAUGGUAUGCCGUUCUCCAGGACACCUGAAGGCAAGAUCUACCAGAGAGCUUUUGGUGGUCAGUCCCUUAAGUUCGGCAAGGGUGGACAAGCCCAUAGAUGCUGUGCUGUAGCUGACAGAACUGGUCAUUCCCUUCUCCACACAUUGUACGGCCAAUCUCUACGAUAUGACUGUGAAUAUUUUAUUGAAUACUUUGCCUUGGACCUUCUCAUGGAGGAUGGAGUGUGCAAAGGAUGCAUCGCCUUAAACCUCGAAGAUGGAACCCUACAUAGGUUCCAAGCGAAGAACACCAUAUUGGCCACAGGAGGUACAGGCCGUUCCUACUUCAGCUGCACGUCUGCGCAUACUUGCACCGGUGACGGUACAGCUAUGGCCGCGAGAGCUGGUCUCCAGAACGAGGAUAUGGAGUUUGUGCAGUUCCAUCCCUCUGGUAUAUACGGCGCGGGUUGCCUGAUGACCGAAGGUUGUCGUGGAGAAGGUGGUUUCCUGGUGAACUCCAAGGGUGAAAGGUUCAUGGAGCGAUAUGCUCCUGUCGCCAAGGACCUGGCCGGCAGGGACGUUGUGUGCAGAGCCAUGACCCUCGAGAUUUUGGAAGGUCGCGGUUGCGGUCCCGAAAAGGACCACGUGCACUUGCAACUCCACCACUUGCCCCCGGAACACUUGCAACAACGUCUGCCCGGUAUCUCGGAGACGGCCAUGAUCUUCGCCGGUGUUGACGUCACCAAGGAACCGAUCCCGGUGCUGCCAACCGUGCACUACAACAUGGGCGGCACUCCGACCAAUUGGAGAGGAGAGGUGAUCACCCACCGCGACGGCGUGGACCGCAUCGUGCCCGGUCUCCUAGCCGCGGGCGAAGCGUCCUGCGCCUCGGUGCACGGCGCGAACAGGCUCGGCGCGAACUCGCUGCUCGACAUCGUGGUGUUCGGGCGGGCGUGCGCGCUCACUGUGGCCGACACCAGCCGCCCGGGCGAUAGCCAGGAGCCGCUCAAGGAUAGCACCGGCCAAGACAGUAUCGGUAACUUGGACACCAUCAGACACGCGAAUGGCUCGGUCUCCACGGCGUCGUUGCGUCUGCGCAUGCAGAAGAACAUGCAAACCAACGCCGCUGUGUUCAGGCAAAAGAACACACUUGAAGAAGGCAAGCGCCAGAUCCACGACAUCUAUAAGCAGUUAAACGACGUGAAGGUCGCUGACCGUUCGCUGAUCUGGAACAGCGACCUGGUGGAGACCCUGGAGCUGCAGAACCUGCUCAUCAACUCGGUGCAGAUCGUGGAGGGAGCCCUAGCGAGGGAGGAGUCCCGUGGGGCACACGCCCGGGAGGACUUCAAGACGAGACGCGAUGAGUACGACUACACCAAGCCGUUGGAAGGACAGACGAAGCUGCCGUUCGAGCAGCACUGGCGCAAGCACACACUGGCGGAGACGGACGCGCGCACGGGCCGCACCACGCUCAGCUACCGGCCCGUCAUCGACGAGACGCUCGACCAGGCCGAGUGCAAGACCGUGCCGCCCGCCGUGCGCACCUACUAGUGCGCGGCAGAUAACAACUUGAGUGCUGACUGAAGUAAAGCAGUAUUUUUUCGACGUGCAUCUCGACUCAAAGUAAUCGGUUCAUCUUAAGCCAUUAUUUAUUAUGUAAUUUAUUAUUUUUUCGUCAAUGUAUAGUAUUAUUCUUCAAAAUUUUUCUAACAAAUACAAUGUAAUUUUAUGAAAUCAUAUUAAAGAAAUACUUUAUUGUGUUGUGAACCACUAUUUAUAUUAAUAUACAGUUUGUUUUAUAUACAGCAUUUAAUUUUAUACACUUUUUUUUUGUAAAAAAAUUGUGACAUAAUCAGCAGCACCGCAGUACUUCUUAAAUUACUAAAAUUGUUGUUUCACUUCAACUUUUAGACUACCUCAACUUAGGUCACUAUUUCUAUCACAAAUAAUGUACACUUUCUGUCGUGAUUUGUGAAUUUUAUUAGAAAUAUAUUAUAAAUGCAAUACAAUGUUUGUGCGACAUAAUAUGCCUAAUUAAAUUGAGGUAAAAUACAAUACACGUUAUAGAAACUUAAGUAAAAAAUGAUUAUUAAAUGUUUUAUGUAAGGAA